AUGGGAGCGAAUGAAUAUAUUGAUCAUGAUAUAGUAGAUAAUGAAUCAUUGGAGGGUUUAAUUGGAUUCUCUGAACAUUAUGGAUGUGUGUCGCUAUACAUCGAGAAAGAUUUAUAUCCGUCGGAGACACAAUAUCAGUCGCAAGGUUAUUACACAAGCCUGCUACAUAAUGACAUCGAUGUGGGUUUUCCGGAUGCUCCAAUUGGUGACCGUGAAGUUGGUAAUGAACCAGACACUUAUCAGAUGACAAGACAGAUUCAGUCUCCACGUGCGCAACCCUCGACGUCACGUGCGCAACCCGAGACUUCACGUGACGAACCCACGAUAUUUCAUACACCUAAUGAAAAUUACGAUUGGGGGCUAUCUACGUCCUAUGCAAAUUGGAAUGAAGUUCUUGAUAAUCUAGUCGAGGAAGGAGAUGAUAACGACGGUAAUCAGGACGAUGCCCCCAUUCAUAAUGAUGGUAAUCAGGAUGAUUCACCCAUUCGUAAUGACGAUAAUCAGGAUGAUGAACCCAUUCAUGAGGACGACGAUUGGAAUGAUCUAGCUGCCGACAUUGAAGAUGAUCACGAUGGUGGAUUAAAUUGCCUCGCGAAUGCCAUUUACAGUUUGAAUGAUGACCCGCAUGUAAACAACGAAUAUGUAGACAAUCCUGACGAAGAGCUUGAUUUCAUUGACUAUCCGGAGCAAUUUCCUACAGAUAACAAUUGGAUACAAGAGUAUGUUGUGAAUUCGAGUGAGUUCGAUGUUAGACGUACCAAUUCCGAUCUACCUAGCAUUGACGGGACUUGGCUCCGUGAAAUCUUUAAAGAUAAGGCAUCUUUAGUGGAUGCUCUAGAUCGAUGGCACAUUACUCACAAUGUUCAGAUGAAAGUUUUGAAAUCUACCAAAACAACUUAUACAGUGAAAUGCACAGUUGAGGGAUGUCCUUGGAGGUUACACGCUUCGGUUCCUAAAGAUGCAACAUAUUUCAGAGUUAAGACAUAUGCGGGUCAACACACUUGUGUUAUUCCAAUGCUAAAUGCGGCGCACCGUAAUUGUACUUCAAAUCUCAUAUGCCAAGUAAUUCUCCCGUUAAUGAAGGCAAGACUAAAUAUGACGCCAAAAGAAGUGCAGGAAACGGUGCGAUCCACUUUGCAUGUUCAAAUAAGUUAUUGGAAGGCAUGGCUGGCAAGGAGCAAAGCAUUACAGAUUAUUUACGGGAGCUGGGAGCAGUCAUAA